AUGUCUGCCUCGCCGACACACCACACCAACCCGGCCAAACGGCCCCUCGAGGAUGCCUCUUCGCCGUCGAGAGGGAACGACCAGCCAGAAGCCAAGAGGCCCGCCCUGGACAAGGUUAUCCACAACAACGAGGACGAGGAUGAGGAGGACAAAGUCGACAUCCCCGAGAGCAAUGGCGACAAGUCUCCUUCUCCAGCCUCGGUAACCGCUACCCAGGAGACCAUUGAAGAGUCCAAUGGCGCCAAGACCGAUUCCAAGGAUGACCAGGGCGACACCGUUGUCUCCGAUGCGGGCGAAGGAAAAGCUGUGGCAUCCGGCACAGGCACUGGUUCCGCCGCCGUGCCUACUGGCACGCCAAGCAAUGUCAAUGACGAAACCGCUUGGAUCCAUAUUCGUGCUGUCAUCUCCAGCCCAGAGGCUGCGACCAUCAUCGGAAAAGGUGGUGAGAAUGUCUCCAAUAUUCGCAAGCAGUCUGGUGCGAAGUGCACCGUCAGUGACUACCAGAAGGGCGCUGUAGAACGUAUCCUUACCGUGAGCGGCGUUGUCGACGCUGUUGCCAAGGCUUUCGGACUCAUCAUCCGGACUCUCAACAAUGAGCCCCUCGCCGAGCCUUCGAGCGCCCAGUCCAAGACGUACCCGCUUCGCCUCCUGAUUCCUCACGUGCUUAUUGGGUCCAUCAUCGGGAAAGGUGGUGUGAGAAUUCGUGAGAUCCAGGAAGCCUCGGGUGCCCGGCUCAACGCUUCAGACUCGUGCCUGCCGCUGUCGAGCGAGCGCUCUCUGGUUGUCAUGGGUGUUGCCGAUGCUGUCCAUAUUGCUACUUACUAUGUUGGCAGUACUUUGCUCGAGCAGCUGAACGAGAGAUUUGGCGGCCCUGCCGCUUCGGCGUAUGCCACUCGCAGCGGUGGACCUACCGGCGUCGUGCCUGGAGGACUUCAGGUUGUGCCCUACAACCCCCAGCCUGCCGGAGGAAACUUCGGCCAGCGCGAGAUGUACGGCCGUCGCCCCGAUCCUCGCUCGCAGCAUGCUCCUCCUGGGCCGUACGGACAGCAGUACCCGCCUCAUCCCGCUGCGCCUCAGGGCCAUCCCACUGCCCCUCUGCAUUACACGCCUCAGGCCGGCGGCUACGGAGGUCCUGGCCCUCAUGUCGCUCCCCACCACGGCGGCCCGCAUGGCGGACCUCAACAUCCUCACGGCGGCGCGCCCCAUGCACAGCCCCCGAUGCACGGUGGCAUGGCAGGCGCCCCUCUCACGCAGCAGAUCUACAUCCCCAAUGAUAUGGUCGGUGCCAUCAUUGGCAAGGGCGGUCAGAAGAUCAACGAGAUCCGCCAGAUCAGCGGAAGUGUCAUCAAGAUCAACGAGCCACAAGACAACAGCAACGAGCGUCUGGUCACGAUUACUGGCACCGAAGAGUGCAACAAGCUGGCAUUGUACAUGCUGUACUCACGACUCGGUGCGUAA